UUGCCCUUCUUACUCUUUCUUUUUCUCUUUUCUUCUCUUCUCUCUCUUUCUCUUCUCUCUCUUUCUCUUCUCUCUCUUUCUCUUCUCUCUCUUUCUCUUCUCUCUCUUUCUCUUCUCUCUCUUUCUCUUCUCCCUCUUUCUCUUCUCUCUCUUUUUCUUCUCUCUCUUUUCCAUUCUUUUCCUUUUUCUCUUCUUCCUUUUCUCUUUUUUCUUCUCUCUUUUUCUUCCUUUUUCUUUUUUUCUUUUUUUCUUUCUUCUUUUUUUUUUUUCUUCCUUUUCUCUUUUUUUCUCUUUUUUUCUUUUUUCUUCUUCCUCUUUUUCUUCUCUUUUUCUUCUCUUUUUUCUCUUUUUUCUUCUCUUUUUUCUUCUCUUUCUCUUUUUUCUUCUCAUUCUCUUCUCUUUUUUCUUCUCUUUUUUUCUCUUUCUCUUCUCUUUUUUUUUUUCUUUCUUUUUCUCUUUUUCUUCUCUUUUUUUUCUUUUUUUUUUCUUUUUUUUCUUUCUUUUUUCUUCUCUUUUUCUUCUCUUUUUUUUUUUUCUCUUUUUUCUUCUCUUUUUUCUUCUCUUUUUUUUUUUUUUCUUUUUUUCUUCUUUUUUUCUUCUCUUUUUUUCUUCUCUUUUUUCUUCUUUUUCUUCUCUUUUUUUUCUCUUUUUCUUCUCUCCUCUUUUUCUUCUCUCCUCUUUUUCUUCUCUCCUUUUUUUUCUCUCCUUUUUUUCUUCUCUUUUUUCCUCUUUUUCCUUUUUCCUUUUUUUCCUCUUUUCUUUUUUUUCCUCUUUUCUUUUUUUUUCCUCUUUUCUUUUUUUCUCUUUUUCUCUUUUUUUUCUCCUUUUUGCCUCCUUUUUUUUUUCCUCUUUUUCUUUUUUCCUCCUUUUUUUUUCUCUUUCUUUCUUUUUUGCCUCCUUUUUUCUUCUUUCUCUUUUUUGCCUCCUUUUUUUCUUCUUUCUCUUUUUUCUUUUUUUGCCUCCUUUUUUUCUUCUUUCUCUUUUUUGCCUCCUUUUUUUCUUCUUUCUCUUUUUUGCCUCCUUUUUUUCUUCUUUCUCUUUUUUGCCUCCUUUUUUUCUUCUUUCUCUUUUUUGCCUCCUUUUUUUCUUCUUUCUCUUUUUUGCCUCCUUUUUUUCUUCUUUCUCUUUUUAUAUUUAUAUUUAUAUUCUUUUCCCUACCAGGAAUGGCUGUAUGAGCUGCUUGCUGAAGUACAGUUGGAACAAUUCUAUACCAAACUGAGAGAUGACUUGCAGGUUACCAGGUUGGCUCAUUUUGAAUAUGUCAAAAGUGAGGAUCUGGAGAAGAUUGGAAUGGGAAAGCCUGCUAUUCGACGUCUGCUGGAUGCUGUGAAGAGGAAAAAAGCCUUGAGGAAAAAGGGAGGGAUCUUUGAAAAGAUUCUUCCUGGGGGGAAGACAGAAAAAUCUACGUUGACGAAAAAAGGCCAGAAAUCAACAGAGCAGUCUUUGACAUGCUUGAUUAAUGAAAAAUCCUUGGUUCUCUACAACAAGCUGGGAAAUGGCUCAUUUGGUGUGGUACGAAAAGGGGACUGGACAACACCAUCAGGAACAAAGAGUUUAGUUGCCGUGAAGAUUCUGAGACAUGAUGUCUUAGCAUUGCCAGGAGGAUUUGAAGAUUUUGUUAAAGAGGUGAAUGCAAUGCAUUCUUUGGACCAUGAGAAUUUAAUACGACUCUUUGGUGUUGUUCUUUCUUCUCCUCUAAUGAUGGUGACAGAAUUAGCACCACAAGGAGCAUUACUGGACAAACUUCGUUGCCAGGAUGGUCCUAAGCUUUUGGUCAGUACCCUGUGUGAUUAUGCUGUACAAAUAGCCAAUGGAAUGAGUUACUUGGAAUCCAAACGAUACAUCCACAGAGAUCUCGCUUGUCGAAACGUCCUCCUUGCUACUCCUGAUAUGGUAAAAAUCGGAGACUUUGGUCUGAUGCGUGCAUUACCAAGUCAGGAAGAUCAUUACGUGAUGUCUGAACAGAAGAAACUGCCCUUUGCAUGGUGUGCCCCAGAAAGCUUAAAGUCACGGCAAUUUUCUCAUGCCAGUGAUACAUGGAUGUUUGGAGUAACACUUUGGGAAAUGUUCACACAUGGACAAGAACCUUGGAUGGGAUACAAAGGAUCUGAGGUUUUACAAAAGAUAGACUGUGAAAAUGAACGUCUCACUGCACCUGAAUACUGUCCUACUUACAUUUAUCAAGUGAUGUUGCAAUGUUGGGCACACAAACCUCAGGACAGACCUACCUUUAUGGCCCUUCGAGAUUAUCUCUGUAAGAUAAGACCAAAAGACAUGAAAGCUACACAGAAUUUUUCUGAGCCUAACAAGUUAGAAAUUGAGGAAGGUGAUCACAUAAUUGUUGUGAAUGGAGAGUCAGAAAAUUUUUGGUGGAAAGGUCAGAAUAAGAGGACAGGACAGAUGGGACUCUUCCCUCGGCAUUUGGUUGACCCGCAAAGGAAACUGGCUGGUGAAGAUAUUAGCAAACCAUUGAAAAACAGUUUUAUUCACACAGGACAUGGGGACAUUGGUGGCAGCACUUGGGGGGAUCCAGGUUUUAUUGAUGAAGUAUAUCUUCGUAAUCCUAUGGAACCAGAAGACAUCCAUGGGGAACCAGAAACUCCUGAUCCCACUCAACUUCCUGAUAGAAGUAAACGUCCAUUUGCCUACCAGAGCCUUGGCAUCGGUCGUCACUUCAACUACUCCAAGUUGAAAGAUGAUUCCAUCAAGGUGACAUCCCCUGUGAAGGCAGUUCCCCAUCCGUUGGUGAAGCCAUCAUCAUUAUCUUCAUCUGAUCAACCAGAAAAGAAAUUUCUGCCGCCUCCAAAGCAGGCACCCAAAGUUGAGGAGAAGCCAUUGAUAGACUUAGAAAAUGAGGGUGAAACCCUAAAAACUCCUCUUCCCAGCCAAUCAUCUCAGAACUCCUUGUCUCUCUUUGAUUCUCUGUUGACUCACGAUACGUCCCGCAGCAGUGCAGACUCUCAGCUACCCAAGCCCCUACUUGAUGUCUGCACUUCACCAGAUCCAUUUGAAUUAGAUUCCGACCUGAAAAAGUUUGUCAAGAACAGUUCACUAACAUCUCAACCAUUUACAAACUUGGGCUUCAGCCCUCAUCAAAGUCCAUCUUCUUCAUCCUCUUAUAUUCCCACAUCUUCCCCUACCUCUAUGCCCAAGGUCCCCCUGCAGGACGCUUACUCAACAAGCGGUCAGUCUCAGGACUUAAAUCGGACACCCUUGUUAUAUUACUCCUUACCGCCCUGCGACGAGCAAAGCAACCAUGUCUCACCAAAAAAAUCACCCUCCCACUUUCAGGACAGUAGUGUUUGGGGUAGUCCACACCACAUUUACAGCAACAAUGCUGGUACUGCUUCAGAAUCCAGCUCAUACGCUUUGUACGGAAAUGUUGACCCUCCCUCCACAUCCCAGUCAACCUCUCCAAAACAUGCUCAACAAGCCAGAAAAGCCAACAAAGCAUUUGAUUGGUUGAAUGAUGCCCUUAGUGAUCUAGCUAUCAGUCAGUCAAAUAAGGCUUAUAAAACUCCUUAUGUCCCUUCUCCACACCAACCUCUCUAUGAUGAAGUCCCUCAAGAACUCCCCCCACCACCACCUGUGAUCAACCAAUCAAAUGUUUGCUCCAUGCGUAACCCCUUUCCUUUAUACGAUGAAGUCCCUAAAGAAGAAGUUGUUCGGGACAAGGCCCCAAAGCAGCAUUUAGGAAACCAGAUGCCACUUAUUUCCACAAUCCAAAAAUCAGAGACACAACAGACAUUUGAUGACAAUUCUUGUUGGUCCGAUUCCUUUGAUUCCUUUGAUUCGGAAGAAGAAUCUGAAGACGAGCCAUUGGAAAUGGAACACCCGCCACCGCUUCCUCCAAGGGACUAUGAUGAUGUUGACGGCAAGGGGCGGCGUCAUAGUGCCAGUUUGCCUAAAAAGCCUUGCAUUUACCCUGUGAAGCAGGAUGGCAAGCAGUUGAGCCACACCCAUUACUUCCUGAUACCCCCUCGUUGUGAAAAGAAACCUGCUCAGAGCAACACUGCUGAAGUGAAACCGUUUGCUGUUGGAGGAUUGCAGGUGGACUCUUUGUCUGCUAGCGGCACGAAAGUACGAGAUUUACAAUAUCAAAACAUCACCUCCACUAGCACAUCCUCCAGCUCCACGGUCACCAUGACAACUGCUACAGUCUCAACACACAAUGCCCAUUCAACAUCGUCCGCUGGCCACCUCUCCUACAUUACCCUUGAACAAAAGACUCUGACCGUCCCGGGGCAGGGACCCAAAUUAAAACAUUCUGGUCGGCCCUUGUCACAGCACAUCCCUUCAUCUCAGAAACAUUCCCCAAAUGUGUACCAUCGGUCAGUCUCAAUGCAGGAACAGACAUUUGGGUCGUCAUCUCCUCAAGAAAAAGUCUACCAAGUACAAAACAAAGUUUUAGGGGUUACAGAUGAAGAGUGCCAUGCAGCUUUGUGCAAGAGUCAGUGGGAUGUGGACACUGCCAUCCGAUAUCUAAAAAUUGAGCAGCUCUUCCGGCUUGGCUUGACCACACGUGAUCAGUGUGAGAGUUUACUGAGAACUUUACAUUGGGAUCUUGAAAUGGCAAGUUCCGUCUUAUGGGAUGGAUAUCGACACAAUGUACAAUGCGAGUCCAAUGUUUAG